AGCCGCUCUUGAAGGCAGCAGCAGCUCACCGACAGUCUGUUGCUUUCCUCUUCUUCUUCUCCUCCUCGAACACUUUCUUCUUCUCUCGUUGUUUACGCGUCGCUUCGCUUCAGACUUCUCACCUGGACCGGAACCGGGACCUGCACCCACCGGGGCUCUUCCGUGAACCCGUCCAGCCGGGGGGGGGUAGGAGAUGACAUGUCGGCGCGGCUCUUCUCUCAGCUGCCGUGGUUCUUUGCGGGCUCUCGAAGCGACAGGAGCGGCUGAAGUUUCCUCGGUAACAAAGGGGCCCCCGGUUCUCUCAACUCCUGCGGGACACUCGACGCCGUUUGUCCGCAACACAGAAUCGAACAACGACCCGGAGGCUGGAGGAUUUAAAAAUGCGACACCCGCUCACCUGGACUGUUAAAGGACCUGCAGCUUGGAGAAGGACCAUCUGAGUAAAACUUCUGUCCAGGGACAACUUCGCUUACAUCCCCCAAAAACCUAGCCUUUUCCGAUUGGAUCGAACCAACUCAAUGUGAAGGGACCGUCUGGUUACAAGCCACCAUGGAUAUCUUCCCCAGGCCCAGCGGUGAGAUCCAGAGGAGGAACCCCCAGCACGACUUCGAGCUCAUCCAGCGGGUGGGAAGUGGAACAUAUGGAGACGUGUACAAGGCUCGAAACAUAGCAACCGGAGAACUUGCUGCUGUGAAGAUCAUAAAGUUGGAACAAGGCGAUGACUUUUCCAUCAUACAGCAGGAAAUCUUCAUGGUGAAGGAAUGCAUGCACCACAACAUUGUGGCCUACUUUGGGAGCUACCUCUGUCGAGAAAAGCUUUGGAUAUGCAUGGAGUACUGUGGAGGAGGAUCCCUCCAGGACAUUUAUCACGUGACAGGACCUCUGUCAGAGCUUCAGAUAGCAUAUGUCAGCAGAGAGACCAUACAGGGUCUAGGAUAUCUGCACAGCAAGGGCAAGAUGCACCGGGACAUCAAGGGUGCCAACAUCCUUCUGUCAGACAACGGAGAUGUGAAGUUGGCUGACUUUGGAGUUGCAGCCAAAAUAACAGCCACCAUUGCCAAAAGAAAGUCCUUCAUUGGAACACCUUACUGGAUGGCUCCAGAAGUAGCGGCAGUGGAGAAGAACGGUGGCUACAACCAGCUGUGUGAUAUCUGGGCCGUCGGCAUCACGUCCAUAGAGCUGGCCGAGCUGCAGCCCCCGAUGUUCGACCUCCACCCGAUGAGGGCCUUAUUUCUGAUGUCAAAGAGUAGCUUCCAGCCGCCCAAACUAAAAGACAAAAACAAAUGGUCCACUGCCUUCCAUAACUUUGUCAAAGUGUCUCUGACAAAGAACCCGAAGAAGAGGCCCACAGCGGAGAAGCUUCUAUCGCACGUGUUUGUGGGACAGACGGGUUUGACGAGGAGGGUGGCUGUCGAUCUCCUUGACAGGAUGAACAACCCAGACAACCAUCAGCCUUACAGUGAGGUGGACGAUGAUGACCUGGAGCCCCUCUCUGCCGUCAGACACACCAUCCGCUCCACCAAUAAACAAGCCCGAGCCGAGAGGACGCGCUCAGAGAUCGACUUCGACAAGGUCCAGUUUGAACCUCCACUCCGGAAGGAAACGGAGGCUCACUCUGAAAUGGAUGUGUGUAAAGAUAAUGACUUCCCUUCCCCCUGGAGUCCCUUUGCAGAGGGAGGAAAAACAACCAGGGGACACAUGGCCCAUCUUGAAGACGCAUUUGAAGAAGUAGAGCUGUCAACUCUCAAGCCUGGACUUCCUCCUCCUCCUCUGCCCCCAAAGUCUGCCCCUCAUCCCCAGCCCCGGCUCAACAGUUCGUCGGAGGAGAUCGGUCUCAACGAGGAGAGGUCUCUGACGGUGCGGAGGUUCCCGAACUCGGAGAACGGCCCGAGUCAGGCGGUUCGCAGACAGAGCACACCUGAGCAGGGAAACAAGGUGGAGAACUCGUCUCAGGAUUUUCUCUCUGUCAGCGUCAGCAGCCCUGGGAUCCUGUCUCAUGCCUCCGAUCCUGAUAAUGACUCGGACGGCAGCGUGAAUGGAGGCAGUCCCCAGCCUCCACCCAACCAGCAGCAUCGGAAAGAGAAGAAGGAAUUCCCUAAACCAGCCAUCAACGGACUGCCACCCACUCCUAAAGUACUGAUGGGAGCCUGCUUCUCUAAAGUGUUUGAUGGUUGCCCGCUGAAAAUCAACUGUGCCACAUCAUGGAUUCAUCCAGACACCAAAGAUCAGUACCUCAUCUUUGGGACAGAGGAUGGAAUCUAUACGCUGAAUCUUAACGAGCUCCAUGAAGCUACAAUGGAGCAGCUGUUCCCGAGGAAGUGCACAUGGCUGUAUGUUAUCAACAACAACCUGAUGUCUUUAUCUGGGAAAACCUUCCAGCUGUAUUCCCACAACCUCAUCGGGCUGUUUGAGCAGCUGAAGAAGCCUGGACUCGCUGCUCAGUUCCAGACUCAUCGCUUCCCAGACAAAAUUUUACCCAGGAGGUUUGCCUUGACGACUAAGAUCCCAGACACAAAGGGCUGUCACAAGUGUUGCAUUGUGAGAAACCCGUACACAGGCCACAAGUAUCUGUGUGGAGCGCUGCAGUCUGGGAUUGUCCUGUUGCAGUGGUACGAGCCCCUGCAGAGGUUCAUGCUCAUCAAGCAUUUUGACUUCCCUCUUCCCAGCCCACUGAAGGUGUUUGAGAUGCUGGUGGUGCCGGAGCAGGAGUAUCCUCUGGUGUGUGUGGCCAUCAGCCUCGGCACCGAGCCGGGUCAGGUGGUCCGCUUUGAGACCAUCAACCUCAACUCCUGCUCCUCCUGGUUCACAGAGAUGGGAACAACGAAUCAGCAGGUUGAUGCAAUCCACGUCACCCAGCUGGAGAGAGACACAGUGUUGGUGUGUUUGGACCAAAAUUUGAAGAUUGUUAAUCUCCAGGGCAGAUUGAAGUCCAACAAGAAGCUGGCGUCUGAGCUCAGCUUUGACUUCUGCAUUGGAUCUGUUGUGUGCCUUCAGGACAGUGUCCUGGCCUUCUGGAAACACGGCAUGCAGGGAAAGAGUUUCAAGUCCAAUGAGGUGACGCAGGAGAUUUCUGAUCCAAGCAGAGUUUUCCGUCUCCUCGGAUCCGACAGGGUGGUGGUUCUGGAGAGCCGACCCACCGACAACCCCACGGCCCUGAGCAACCUCUACAUCCUAGCAGGUCACGAGAACAGUUACUGAUCCGUCAACGCGGACUGGACAGGUCUUAGAAGAGAAUAAGAUGCCUCAGUUUUGGGAGAAUCUUUUGUUACUGAUGGUGGGGAUCGGCAGGUCAGUGAAAAGGGGGCGGAGCUUCUUCCGACUGGACCCACGAGCAGCCUUACACCAGCAACUGUAGCUCCCCCGAGAAAAACUGUUCUGAACACAAACCCGUUGUUAUUUUUCCUUACUCAUCUGUACUGUGGACUGACAGGUCAUCUAGAGAAUGAGAAACAAGUGCCAUGAUAAAAAAAAUUCACAAGGAUUUUUGUGAUUGUAUUAAAACGAUUGGAGAUUCUUGCUGUUAACGUCUGUAACGUGUCACAUGAUCACUGCUCAAGGAGAGAUUUUUACAACUUCCUAGUCAAACUAAUUGACCAGUUUUAACAGAACCUCAUGAGCCAUGUGGGUUAUUUAAGCAAUAUUUAUUAACCUCAUGUUCAGUGAUGUGUGUGAUUGACAGACCGUGUGAGGAUUAACUACCUAGUUCCCGAGCAGCUUCCGGUUAUUUUCUACCGCUGUGUAAUAAAGCCGCUUUAUCUCUCCUGCUCUGCUGCAUUAUUUUUUUUUUUAGAAAGUGGACAUAAUGUACAUGUGUUAUUUUUCCCCCUUUACCCUCCUCUCUUUUAUAGACCUUUUAAUUCUCAUUAUUUGCACCAUGUAAGCACUUUUGUACAUUUUUUUUAAUUUAAAAUAAAAAUGACAAAAUGAGGGACGAUGCUAGGUUUUGUUAACAUCUGUCCAUUCCCUUCGCGAGCUGUUCGAUGUAUGCUGUUUUUGUAAUAAAAAACGCUGUUUUUAACAAGAA